AUGCAGGGGAUUCUUGCUAGACCAGUCUUUGAUCAUUUUCCUAUCCUACUUGAAGGUGGAGGUUUGAAGAGGGGUAUGUCACCGUUCAGAUUUGAGAAUAUGUGGCUGGAGGAAAGGGGGUUCAUGGAUCAGAUGAAGAGGUGGUGGGGCAGUUUAACUUUUAUUGGGUCUUUUAGUUUUGUUCUGGAUGCAAAAUUAAGAGCCUUAAAAGGGCUUUUAAAGACUUGGAAUAAAGAAGUUUUUGGGGUAAUUGAGACUAAGAAGAGAGAAGCUCUUAGCCAGGUGGUGUACUGGGAUGCAGUGGAGAAUCAUUCAACUCUGAGUCUGGAGGAUUGUGAAGCAAGGAAGGAGGCUAAGGAGGUUUAUAAGACAUGGGUGUUGAGGGAAGAAAUUUCUUGGAGGCAGAGAUCAAGGGAAUUGUGGUUGAAGGAGGGGGAUAAUAAUACCAAAUUCUUUCAUAGGAUGGCGAAUGCGCAUAGCAGAAGGAACUGGUUGUCUAGGCUGAAAGUGGAUGAUUGUUGGCAUAAGGAGGAAUUAGAUUUAAAAAAUAGUGUGGUGGGUGCUUUUAAUAAUCUGUACAUUGAAGAAAGGGGGUGGCAUCCUGGUGUUGAGGGGCUGCCCUUCAUGAGAUUAGACAGUUGUGAGGUUGAGGGGCUGGAAAUUUCCUUUUCGGAAGGGGAGGUGUUCGCGGCACUUUCAGAUCUAGGCAAGGAUAAAGCCCCCGACCCGAAUGGCUUCACCAUGGCUUUCUGGUUGUUCAGUUGA